AUGUCAGCAAUCCCGAGACAAACAGUAAUAGUGGUGACGGAUGCGAGUAAGAGUAAUGCUAAAGGAGGAAGCAUGGAUGCUCUUUACUGGGCUCUCAGAAACGUGGUUCGUCCGAGGGACACAGUUCUAGUGUUGGGAGUUCUGCAUGAGUUCUUCGCCCUUAAUUCCAAUUCUAAGAAGAAUAAUUCCUGCUUUCCUUUCAAAUUCCUCAUGGGCAUUGGCAUCUCCGGAAUAUGGGAAAGAUUAGAGUUUGUGGGGGAAGUGAACCCGAGAGAGCUUGAGGAAGAAUUUGAGGAAAAAAAAGUACAGUAUCAGAGUAGCCUCCAACCAUUUUACAGGCAAUGCAAAAGGAUUGAGGUAAAGUUGGAUGUUAAACUUGCUGCAGGAUUUUCUGCUGGGAAAUUAACAGUAGAAGAAGCACAAAACUCGAACGCUCGAUGGAUUGUGUUAGACAGUCAUUUCAAGAAAGACACAAGUUACAUAUUUGGACAUGUAAGCUGCAGUGUUGGAUUAAUCAAGGGAAAAGAUCUUGCUACCAUAGUGGGCUCGAAAGGGAGUUCUAGGACAAAUUUCCCAGUUGCUGAUUUCGCUCUUGGUGAAUAUACAAAUUAUUAUCAACGGAGAGAGUUAUGUUCACCCUUAACACCUCCUCAAAGUCCUUGUUGGUAUCCACUCUCCUGGAGAAAUGAUUUUCCAAGAGCGUUUUCUCGUGAUGAGAUUGAGGCGACGACAAAUGGAUUUUCUGAUGAAAAUGUUGUGAGAGACGAUGAUGACUUAAAGGUCUAUCAAGGGUUGCUGCAAGAAACACCUGUUUUAGUCAAGUGUUUCAAGGAAAGUGACAAAAGAUUUUGGUCAAUGCUCAAUAUCCUCACUCAAAUCCGUCACCGCAACAUCAUGAACCUUGUUGGAUACUGCUGCACUGGCGAUUCCCGGUUCUUGCUUCUUGACUACCCUUGUAAAGGUUCUGUCGCCAUGAACCUGCAAUGUGAUGACUUUGCACAGAAUCUGGGGUGGAAAGCUAGAUGGCGUAUUGCUCAAGAAAUAGGAGGAUGCCUCCGGUAUCUUCACGAAGAGUGUGCGGAUGGACCGAUCUUUCACAACUCUGUCUGCUCAUCUCAUGUUGUCUUUUCUCAUAGUCUCUCUGCAAUGCUUAGCGGCUUCACAACUGCUAAAUGGCUCAAGGAUGAUGGCUCUUGCAAGGAAGAUUGGUCGGCCGAAUGUAUGAAUCGAGAGAAAGAAGAGCACGUUCGUGUUGAUGUGCACGGUUAUGGUAUGUUCCUUCUUGAGCUGGUUACUGGAAAAAGUGCCCUUCAUUUUCAACAGCAAGGAGAAGGCCAGGCCUUGAUAGAUUGGGGAUUGCCACUUCUAGAGAAUGGCUUCCUCUGCAAAAUGAUGGAUUCUAGAUUAAAGGAAAGUGAUGGUACUUGGAUGGCUCAUCAUAUGGCUCAUGCUGCAUUGCACUGCCUGCAAAUUGAUUCAACUCAACGGCUCUCAAUAAGUGAGGCAAGUUUCCUUUGCAACAUAUUGGAUGAAACAUUUGAUCACUAG